AGGUCAAGUGAAUUCUUCUUUUGAGUUUGAGAAUCAUGAGGGCUAUAUUCGUUGGCAACUUGGAUUUUGAUGCCCGCAUGUCUGAUGUCGAACGACUCUUCAGAAAAUAUGGCAAGACUGAUAGGGUGGAUAUGAAGUCUGUGAGGAAGCGGUUUCUUGCAGAAGUUGAAACCGAUGCAGACAUCUGCAUUUAUUGGAGAAUGGGAUUACUUUUCCUUCCUAGUACUAAGAGUUGAUUUCAGUAUUUCUGCUCAGUGGACAUCAAUUACUCCUUGGUUCAUGUUAUCAUGUUUUGCCAGCGCACAUACUCCUUGGCACAACCAUCUUUCUACUCCCUCCACCAAUGUCUAACAUUCCUCCAUGACCUUUGCUCACAAUUUCAGACAUGUUUCAACAUAUAAAUCAUGACUAUAUCAGAGCCAUUGGCAGGAUUUGCAUUUGUCUAUAUGGAGGACGAACGGGAUGCAGAGGAUGCUAUUCGGAAAUUGGAUAGGUUUGAGUUUGGUAGAAAGGGCCGUCCACUUCGUGUUGAGUGGACUAAGGAAGAACGUGAUUCGAGAAGGUCUGGAAGCUCAAGGAAGUCAUCGGGUAACAUGAAACCUUCAAAAACCUUGUUUGUGAUAAACUUUGAUCCAAUAAAUACCAGAACAAGGGAUCUGGAGAGGCACUUUGAAACAUAUGGGAAAAUAUUGAAUGUGAGGGUCAGAAGGAACUUUGCGUUUGUCCAGUUUGAAGAUCAGGAAGAUGCCGACAGAGCAUUAGAUGCAACAAACUUGAGCAAGUUCAUGGAUCGAGUCAUUACAGUCGAAUAUGCUGUUCGCGGCGAUGAUGAUGAUAACAGAAGGGGGGACGGUUACAACAACCCAGAUAGAAGAGGAGGAGAUGAUGGUUCUUCUCCAAGAAGGAGGGGAAGAAGCUAUGAUAGGCGUUCUCCCAGCCCAUCUUCCCGAAGGGGUGGAGGAAGGGCUAGCCCAGACUAUGGACAUGGAGGCUCAAACCUACAUUCAAGAUCCAAUCCAAGAGUAGUAGAAGGAGGAACUCCUCCAAACUAUGAAAGAAGCCCCCGAGAAUGAUAUGUGUACACCAAUCCCCCCAGGUCAGUAAACUGCGGUCAUUGCUUAAAAGUUUCUUUGUUUAGGGUCCUUUGUUCGCGCCUUCUUCACCACCACCACCACCAAUUAUGUUGUAAGAGACUUAAUGCUUGUUUCUGUGUGAAUGUUUUAAAUAUAUAUGUAACACUUAAAAGAUUGUUUCAACUUUCA